GAAAAAGGAAACCCUAGCUUCUCACACAGAACCCACCAGCCGCUCAGCAGAGAGAGGGAGAGAGAGAGAGGGAGAGAGAUGGUGUCGGGGUCGGGGAUAUGCGCGAAGAGGGUGGUGGUGGACGCGAGGCACCACAUGCUGGGGAGGCUGGCAUCGGUGCUGGCGAAGGAGCUCCUGAACGGCCAGAGGGUGGUGGUGGUCCGCUGCGAGGAGAUCUGCAUCUCCGGCGGCCUCGUCCGCCAGAAGAUGAAGUACAUGCGCUUCCUCCGCAAGCGGAUGAACACCAAGCCCUCCCACGGCCCCAUCCACUUCCGCGCCCCCGCCAAGAUCCUCUGGCGCACCAUUCGCGGGAUGAUUCCCCACAAGACGAAACGAGGAGCCGCAGCACUUGCAAGAUUGAAGGCCUGAGGAGUUCCUCCUCCGUAUGACAAGACGAAAAGGAUGGUCAUCCCUGACGCACUCAAGGUUUUGAGGCUUCAAGCUGGACAUAAGUACUGCUUGUUGGGUAGGCUUUCCUCAGAGGUGGGAUGGAAUCACUAUGAUACCAUUAAGGAACUUGAGAGAAAGAGGAAGGAGAGGGCACAACUAGUAUAUGAGAGGAAGAAGCAGUUGAACAAACUGAGGGUGAAGGCUGAGAAGGCCGUGGAAGAGAAGCUUGGUCCCCAUAUGGAAAUUAUUGCCCCCAUUACGUAUUGAUUAGUCUUGUAGACAUCUGCACCAAUUUCGGGAAAGAAUUUGAGGUCGACGUCUAUUUCUUAUAGUUAUUUAUACAUAUGCUUGGUUGGCCGGCAGACAGCAGGAAAAUCAUACUGGACAAGCAACAACGGCUGGAAUUAUCGCAAUUUUUUGAUGUGGUUGGAAAGUGGUUACUCAGAAUCGUGGAGGACUUUUCGGAUGAUAUCCUGAAACCGAGAGCUUAAAACAAUCCAUCGGUGCACGUUUGAGUCAAAUGUUUGAUCGAAGCUUAAAAUAGCAGAGCGAAGUACAUUCAAUGAAAGCUUCCUGCUCGGAGCUAUUCUAGU